CUCUUUCUGGAUUCAAUUUUUCUAUUUCAUUUUUUGGACAAUGCUUUCUUAAUUAAGCACAUAUUUUAUUCCUUCACGACAGAGUUUGAGCAGCAAAGAGAACAAACAAUGAUGAAGGAAUUUUGGAGCAUGUUUUGUGCAGAAGCAGAUUGUCCUGGGACUGGAGGAAAACAACCCUUUUGCUUCCAUUUGAAGAUUUUGAAAGAUCCUUCUUCAUGCUUCAACCAGUUCUUGAUCUUUCUCCUUGACGUGUCAAUGCUGGUCAUGCUGGCAUUCAUUCUGAUCCGGAAGAAUUUGUUCGGACCAUUUCACGGUAUGUUGCAGGUGGAAAGAUAUUCAAACUUGCAGCUAAUUUCUUCCAUAACCAAUGCAUCUCUGGGGUUGGUGUAUUUGUGCUUAGGCAUUUGGGUUUUAGAGGAAAACUUAAGGAAGAGUCACACUCUUCUUCCACUUAAUGGGUGGUUGCUAGAACUCUUUGAAGGAUUCAGAUGGUUGUUAGUAGGAUUAAGUGUAAGUCUUAAGCUGAAACAACUUCCAAGAUCAUGGUUGUGGUUGUUUUCACUUAUUACACUAUUUCUUUCGAGUAUUUUCUGUGUUUUGUCCGUGUCUUAUGCAAUUUGUAACAGAGAACUGACCUUCAAGGAAGCUUUAGAUGUUCUAUCUUUUCCAGGAGCAGUUUUACUACUCUUGUGCACUUACAAAGCAUCAAAAUGUGAAGACACUGCUACUAGUAUUGAUGAAGACUUUUAUGACUCUUUAAACAGCCACUUUGAUGGAGUUGAUCCUUAUAACUACGUAACCCCAUAUGCUAAAGCUGGAUUCCUUAGUAGGAUGUCGUUUUGGUGGUUGAAUCCAUUAAUGAAAAUUGGUCAAGAGAAAACACUUCAGGAUGAGGAUAUCCCAAAGUUGCCAGAAUCGGAUCGAGCAGAAUUUUGUUAUUUAUCUUUUAUAGAACAAUUGAACAGGCAAAAGGGAAAAGAAUCAUUGCCACAAUCAUCAAUUUUGUGGGCAAUAGUUUUUUGCCACUGGAAAGAUAUUUUGAUGUCAGGAUUGUUUGCAUUGCUCAAGGUACUCAGUGUAUGUACCGGUCCUAUACUUUUGAAUGCUUUUAUAUCGAUUGCUGAGGGUAAUGGCAGUUUCAAAUAUGAGGGUUAUGUAUUGGUCAUGUCACUUUUCAUUACAAAAAUCGCAGAGUCCCUAUCACAAAGGCAAUGGUAUUUUCGCACUAGGCUUGUUGGGAUGAAAAUGAGAUCACUACUUACAGCUUCCAUUUAUAGAAAAAUAUUGAGGUUGUCUAGUGCAGCUAGAUUGACACACUCUAAUGGUGAGAUAAUGAAUUAUGUGACUGUGGAUACGUACAGAAUUGGAGAAUUCCCAUUUUGGUUUCACCAGACAUGGACAACAAGCCUCCAACUAUGUAUUGCAAUUGUAAUACUUUUUCGUGCUAUUGGCCUAGCAACAAUUGCCUCAUUGGUGGUGAUAGUUCUCACUGUGCUCUGUAAUACUCCACUGGCAAAGAUGCAGCAUAAGUUUCAGAGUAAACUCGUGGUGGCACAAGAUGAGAGAUUGAAGGUCAGUUCUGAGGCUCUUGUGAAUAUGAAAGUGCUGAAGCUAUAUGCCUGGGAAACCCAUUUUAAAAAUGCUAUUGAAAUAUUAAGAAACGUUGAACUGAAAUUUUUAAGUGCUGUACAGCUGAGAAAGGCAUACAACAUAAUUUUAUUUUGGAUCGCACCUGUUUUGGUGUCUGCUGUUUCUUUUGGGGCAUGUUACUUUUUGAACGUUCCUUUAGAUGCUAACAAUGUUUUCACUUUUGUGGCAACUUUACGCCUAGUGCAAGAACCAAUUACUGCCAUCCCAGAUGUUGUUGGGGUGGUCAUUCAAGCAAAAGUUGCAUUUUCCAGGAUUGUUAAUUUCCUUGAAGCACCUGAAUUACAGAGUGUAAAAUUCAGGAAUAGGUGUUUUGAUGAUUGUAACAAAGGCCGAAUUUCAAUCAAAUCUGCUGACUUUUCAUGGGAAG